AUAACCUGUUACAUAAAGAGAAAUUGUGAAAAUUAAACACGUAUAAAGAGUGGCAAGGUGGUAUUCAGCUAAAUGCAUGGUAUUGACUUACUACAUUCUUAUAUUAUGUCAAUUCGAAUAAUGGCAAUAAGUACGAAUAUAAAUGCAAUCGUAAAUUUUGACACUUAUCGGUGAUACGAUCAUGUUUUGUCCAAUACUCGUCACUGUGUUCACAAAAAAGAGUGCCUGAGACUUCCUUCUCUUACAUGCAUAUAUUGACAUUUCUAUUCUUUCUUUUUUUUUCUUUUUUUACUUUUUUUUUUUUUCAAUUUUUAUUUUAUUUAUAUUUUUUAUUCAUUUUAGAUGAAGUAAUGCAAAAGCAUGUAAUGGCGAAAUCUAAUAGUAAAACUGGAUUUGUAAUGAAUUUGACAAAUGUAUAAACUCAGUUCGAAAAUGGAAUUGUAACAUUUUCUAAAGCCAUUUUUGCUUGUAUUUGCUACUCUUACAUGAACGGUGACCGGCUAUUUCUUGAAUAUAUAAGUGAACGUAAUAACGAUGAAGGUAGAAGACACUAAGGGCGCAAGCCUUAUUUUCUCUUGUAACACUGUUGAAGCAAUAUGUUAAUUAUUUCAUUCUUCUUUUUCUGCUUUUUCGACAUCUUGUUUCUCUUCCCCGUCUAUUUGCGUGUCUCCUUCGAAUUUCGGCCCAGGUGCUUCGUCACCUUCUAAAACAAUUUCUUCUGGAUCCGGUGCACGAGGUAAGAAAUCAUCAUCGGGAUACAUGGAUUUGAAAAUUUCCUUUGCCUAUAAAAAAGAAAAAGAAAAAAAAAAACGUAUUCAUAUGUAAUAAUAAUAAUAAUAAUAAUAAUAUAUAUAAAUAUACGGUUUGUUUAUUAAACAUACUUGAUCAACUGCAAAAUCAAAAUCUAAUUCCAAAUCCGGUCCAGAGCACAAGUAUAUGUUACUCGGUGCUGUAUCGUUUAAUUUUAUGUCGCUCGCAGGUAGGUUCAAGUAUAAUGACCAUAAUAUUUGAGGUUUUAAAUCUACUUCAUUUGGUUCAUAAUCCUGCUGAUUACCUUCCUAAUAAAGAAAUCGUUAAAUACUUAGUUUAGAUUCAUGCUUUUACUAAUAUAUAUAUAUAUAUAUUUUUUCCUGUUAAUCCUAAGCUGCUUCGUUCAUAUAGAAUACUCUUAGGACGUUUAUUACCUGUAGAUGUCGUUUAUCGGGUGAAACUGUCUGAGUAUGAGAAUCUGUGGAAUUACGGGCAAGACUUGGUUCUACCAUUUCAGAUCUUAAAAAUUUCUUUACCAUAUAUGCUAAAUCUUCCUUUGCGGUUUUAGUACGUUUGCAUGUCAUAUGAACCAUAACUAAUGAAAUAUAACAAUAUAUUAAAAUAUUAAAUAAUCAAAGAAACGAUGAAUUAAGAUAUAUAUAUGUAUAUAUAUGAUCAUUUCGAAUUAUUACAAAAUUACUUACAUAAACCUUGUGGACAAGCAUUAGUAGAUGGUCCCAGUUCGAUCAAAGUAACAGGUUCUUGUCCUGGUUCUUCAGGUGGAUAGUACAAAAGGGUUAAGUUCUCUUUUUCUCCUUGCAUAAUUGACCUAUCGAAUAAAUAAAAAUAUUCGAUUGAUGAGUCUUUGUAAAUUUAUAAAAAAUUAUAAAUAAAUCAUACCUAUCUGUAAUAAAAAUGCCUCGAGAAAUCUGUUGUUCUCCCUCAAAAGCUACAAUUUCUGGUGGUAAGUGUCCUUGUCCUACCACCAAAUGUUCCAAAGCCAAUCUUUGUUUUCCAGUUAUAAUGGCUUUGCAUUUAUCUUCAUUAAUUACUACACCAUCCAAUUGUCUUUUCAAGCAAUACACACCGCCAAAUACAGCACAUAAUCUGGAAAUUUUAAUAAAUUUUUAAUUUCAUUAAUUUUUUAUGAGCACCUCCAUAUUCUUCCAAUAUUUCAAUAAUAUUACCUGCAGAAACACUGAGGUAAUUCUCCACUACCAUACAUAGGCCAUAAGAAAGGAGUGUUUCCAUAACGUCCAAGGCUAUUAAGGAAAUGCUUUGUGCGAUUAACACCAUCUCUGCAAGAUGUUUUGUCUGUUACCAUUGCAAUAGCCUGUACAACAUAAUGUUGUACAAUGGGGGUAAGAUCUUUUGUGUUAAGGUACUCUAAAAAUGUUUUAUCGCGGAAACCUGUUGGGAGAAAAUAUGUUUAAUGAACAAUUAUAUAAAACACUUUAUGCUUCGUAUAUUACAUCACAUUCUUUAUAUAAACAGAAAUCGGAUAUCAUUUGGAAUUAAAAAUUAUUUAUAAAUGGAUUUACUUUCUAAAGAGCACCAAAGCUAUAUCAUACUCCCUUACACUGUUAAGAAUAUUAAGUAGCCAUGUCAGUUACUUAGUGAUUCAAUAUAUCACAAGUGGAAUACAAAGUAAAUCAUUUUUAUAAUAAUGCCACUGAAUAUUCUACGUAUGAUGUUAUGAAUCAGCAAAUAAAACAAAUUCAAAGAAGCAUUUGUAUUGUAGCCAUGUUUGUUGGAGAAAAAGAAAAAGAAAAAGAAAAAGAAAAAAAAUUACCAUCAAACUCUGGACUAUCAGCUCCUUGUUCCAUGCAAGAAGUUAAAAGUUGCAUUAACAUUCUUUUCUCCACGACGCUAACAGUUUUGUUAGCAAACACAUCGGCGCGUGAGCAAGGGACUUGAGUUAAUUUGCCAUCCAUAUAUGUGGCAACUCUGGAUACUGCACGAAAUUCUGCAUAACGUGCUAUAUUGCUAGAGAUCAGCAAUUCGACCAAUUUACCACGUGCGAAUAGAAGCUGUCAUAAGGAAAAGUAUUGAGAGAAGAAGUCGCGGCCAAGCUUCGAGAUCCGAGCAACGAGGAAGGAAAAUAUUGAUAAUCUACAAUUCGAAUAAAUGAUACAGUUUGGUUACAUGAAUUUUAAUCGAGCCGAUUUGCAAUUGUGCACGAGAAUAAACACAUCGUAUGUAGAUUACGAUACCUUGAUUUGCUUCGCUUUUGUCGGAAAAAUCCAUGAUAAAAAAUGUAUGUAAUAAAACUCGGACAACAAAUGGACGUCACGAUCAGGAUGAUCAGUCGAGUGACGAACGGUAGUUGAGCGUAAAGAAGAGUGAGAGAGAGAGAGAGUGAGAGAGAGAGAGAGAGAGAGAGUGAGAGAGAGUGAGAGAGAGAGAGAGUGAAAGAGAGAGAGAGAGAAAGAGAGAGAAAAGAGAAAAGAAAAAAGAAAAGAAGAAAGAAAAAGGAAAAAGGAAAAAAAAAAAUAGAGAAGAAGACGAAACUUGGACCGAUUGGCCAGGGAAACGAUUUUAUAUGUAGAAAGAAAGAAAGAAAGAAAGAAAGAGUGAGUAGAAAAUAUACGAGUCGGACGUUAUGCGGUCUUUCGAAUUGAUCGAAAAAUCAGGAGCACAGGAAGGCAUCAUCGAAUGAUAACGUUCUCUCUCUCUCUCUCUCUCUCUCCCUUUUUUCCUCUCUUUUAUCUGUAUGGAAGUCUCGUAGAAUGCGACGACGGAGGAUGGUGAUGAUAGUGGUAGUAGUAGUGAUAGAGGUAGUGGUAGUAGUGGUGGUGGUGGUGGUGGUGGUGGUGAAGGUGGUGGGGGAUAUAGUCGAGAGGACGGUAACUAAGGGGCGUGUUCGAGAAGGUCGAGGGUUGUCCCGGGGAUGGUUAGGAGGAUGAACGAAUGGGAAUGCUCGAAAGGUAGGUCCGAGGCCGGUGACCUUGCCAACGGUGUACCUCGAUAGGGGUGAAUCCGCCCCUAGCGCAGCCCCUCUGCCGUUUAUCGAAUUAAGCUUAUCAUUUGAUUUUGAGGAGACCCACCAGUCAGUCGUCUCGGACGCUCUUAAACGGGCCGAAAAACUUCCUCCUAUCCGUGCUAUAAUCGCAAUAAUUUGAUAUCGUUGAUCCGAUUACGCGUCAUAACUUGGCGUCGAAGAGGAGAGAAGAGAGGAAGAGAGGAGAGGAGCGGAGAGGAGAGGUGAGGCGAGGAGAGGAAGAAGAGGUCCGUUUUGCGCUCGUCGAAGCCAACAUCGAAGAGAUCGUUCUCCAGCCGUUUGCCCACGGCCUUAUACGAUAUCGCGUUAACCGACGAUUUAUCCGAUGUGAAAGGCACGCGCUCUCGAUAUCUCGUAUAUUACUUUGUGAAGGGGGUCGGGUCCAAAUACCGGGGGAAAAAGGAAAGGCUCUCACCCCUCUGGUUCUGCGGUUUACGUUCUACGUCGUCCUUGCCGUCGCAGGAGCGCGCCCGCGCCGAAAGGCGCGCUCCCUCGAGCCUCCUCCGCUUCGACUUUUCCCGCGCAAUCGAACAAACAUUCUUCUUAUCUAAAGGAAACUACGUUACGCGAUAUAAGCUACGUUAUAGACCAACGUACAGUGUGAGAUCGUUAUAAUAACGUGAUCUAUUUUAUCGGCGAUCUUUAAACAAACGGAAUUAGAAGGGUAGAAUGGAAGAAGGGGUAGCAUUCGAAACGGUUAUCUUCAUGGAUUGAAGAGGAAAGUGGUGCUCGUUUCGAGAGUCGUCUCUUCGCAAAAGAGGAAGAGAGAGAGAGAGAGAGAGAGAGAGAGAGAGAGAGAGAGAAAAUUAGACAGAGAAAGAAAGAGAAAGAGAGGGAGAGAAAAAGUGCGAGCGAAUCGUAAACAUAAAAAACGAGAGAAAAUAAAAAAAGAAUCAACGAAAACAAUAAUGGAUUACUCGUAUUUGAAUCAAGCUGCGGCUGCCGCGGCCGCCGGUUUCGAAGCGUCCAGUUGCGCGUUGGCCGCGAGCGAGAUGCAAUGUGGUUACGGCGAUCUGAGCUCGUGCUCGCAAAUGAGCCAAGCGGCGUAUCGGUACACGGCCGCGAGAGCCGCCGGCUACUCGACGAAUGCCGGCUCGGCGAGCGGCGGUGGCAGCGCGGGUCCCCUUGGGGCCCAUCAUGCCUCGCAUCCUCAUGCCCAUCCACAUCACGGGGCCCAUGCGACUCCGUGCUCCGUAAUGGCGGCCAGAUCACAGGACGUUCAUCGACACGCUGCCUCUAUCUUUCCUUCUGCGAUUAAUCUCCAAGGAGGAUUAGGAUACAAACCCUAUACGGGACACGACGGUCUCGCGGAAAAGCGAAAACAACGGCGCAUACGGACGACAUUUACGUCGGCCCAGCUUAAAGAAUUGGAGCGUGCCUUUCAAGAAACACAUUAUCCGGAUAUUUACACCAGAGAAGAAAUCGCCAUGAAAAUCGAUUUAACGGAAGCUAGAGUACAGGUGUGGUUCCAAAAUCGUCGUGCGAAAUUCCGAAAACAGGAAAGACUGGCCCAACAAAAGUCUUCGUCUCAAGGUGGAAUAGGUGGUGAUAGUGGUGCUUCAAGUCCGGUUGCUGGAAACGUCAAAGCCGAAGGACGUUCGCCAAGAAGUCCUGCGACACCACCAGGUGGCUCGAACGGUAGUGUCUUACCAUCGAACGAGGUCAAGCCUGUCGCUAAUCCUAAUUUGGUUAAUGUGAAACAUACACCUGACGGUACCGGGGAAAAUAGCUCACCUAGCGCUCGUGCAAACAGUGGAGGUGGUACGUGGGGUUCAUGCAGUCCAAGACCUUUCUCCACGGCGUUACCUUCUUAUUUGUUGGAUCCGCUACCUUUGAAAACCGGAAAUCUUUAUUAAUUUCGUUUCCUUUAGAUGGUUACGGUAAGCCGACAAAUUCGUGUAAAUAUAAAGAGUAUCGUCUUAUCGGACUGGUUGCCGAGAAUUUCGGUGUGAUAUUUAGAUACAAGUGUGGUCGUUUAAAUUCAAAUUUGGCGCUGCGACGAUUAUUGAGAUUGAAUUAAAAAUAAUUAUCAAAAUGCGUUGACACAGUACCGAUCGAAUCGAUUCGAAGAUAAUAAGAAAUAAUUGAAGAAUUUAGAAAUGUGUAAGUUAUUAAUGACCACCCUUGUAGCAACGAGUUCGAUUCGUUACCCUGUUAUAUCAGACUUUCGGGAACAUUGUUAAUAGUUAUUUUGUUUUCCGAAGUUCACCGAUAUAUAACUUGAGGACGUUUAAAAAUGGUUGAUCGUUUCAUUUCAACUUGUAAGUCCUACUUUGAUCGAUUUAAAUCGAGAAUAAAAUGGUUGAGAGAGAGAAAAAAAGUGUACUCGGUAAAAUAUGACUUUGGGAUAAGUUCGCACGUUAAGAUUAUAAUAAAUAUCCGCGUACUCGAUGACUGUCCACGAUAUUCGAUUAAUAGGUACAAAGUAAUGAUUAUAAAAUAAUUUGUUAUUCGCGGAUUUUUAUCCCUAGGAUUCACUCAAACGGUACGUUAGGACAUUAUCCAUAGUCAUUUGUAAAAAUCGUUAUUUAAGAGCGAAGGAAAUAGUUAAAUUCGUGAAUUUAACAUUUAAUCAUGCGAUCAUUGUUUAACGUUAGUUUUCUUAAGGUUAGAUAGAUGUGUAGAAGACCAACAGAAGCAAUAAUGGCGGUCGCCUGUACAGAAUUAACGACUACGAUUGUUCAAAAACUGGAUUUCUCUCAAACAAAUGUCUUGAUUCGUCACUUUUUGAAAAUUAAACCCGUGGAAUAGCGUCGAUUUUAAAUUCUCGAAAUCUUCAGAUGGCACUCUUUCCUUUUCUCUUUCUUCUUUUUCCUUUUUAUUAUUAUUAUUAUCAUUAUUAUUAUUAUUAUUAUUAUUAUUAUUAUUAUUAUUAUUAUUAUUAUUAUUAUUAUUAUUAUUUCUUUUUAUUUUUUCCGACAAUGCCAUACGAAUCUCAUUCAUGUAUCUAUCACUUUAAGAACGCAAAUACUAGUUUGCACGUAUACCUUAGAUUGUAUAUUGUUGCACUAUGCAUAAAACCAUCGUAAUCUAUGCCACGAAUUAUUCGCAGAGACGAGUUAACGAUAAAGAGAGAAAAUGAGAAAGAUAACCCACUGCGUCCUUGAUAAUCUAAACAUAAAGCGACAGCCGUCCUGAACAAAAAAAAAAUGUUUAAAAGAAUAUAACCAAACUGUGACAAAUGUAUUGCUAAAGAAACCGAUGGGUAGGAUAGAUGGAAAUUGUAUCUAUCAUUUCCUUUUCCUUUAUUUUGUCUAUUUUUCUUAAAAUCAUAUUAAUCGUCCUAAAUAGACGAGACGUUAAUGAAGUCAACGCGAUUUUAUCAGAUCAUUGUCCUUCCAAUUACGUAUUCAAAUUCGAAACAAUAAAUUUGACAAAGCUGACCCAAGAAAAAUUAGGAUAGCCUUUGAUCCAUUGUCACUUACAACCGUCCAUCCUCUAUCGCCUGCCUCAAAUUUAUUAAUCGAAGAUCCGUAUCACAGGAAAGUACGGUACGAAAGAAAUUUUACAUUUUUCAAGAAAUAAUGAUAAUAAUAAUAAUAAUAAUAAUAAUAAUAAUAAUAAUAAUAAUCGAAACGCCAACCUGGAUUUAUUAGUUAAGCGCCUGGCCGUUUUAAGCGAGCGCAAAUUUUAAUAUCCUGAAAAUGUGCAAAAAACAUUUCGGGAAGAUGUGAUUUUGUAUUUAUGACUUCGAUCAGAAUCGGAUAGAUCGAGAAUUUCGAUGAGAAAUGUGAGAAUGUCGUACGUACAUAACGUGUAUAAUAACGUGAAUUCUGUAUAUUGACUUAUCAUUUAAGAUUAAGAACAACUAAAUCGCUCUAUGCAUAUAGUAAUUCUAUUGAUAAGAUAUAUAUUAUAAAAAUAACACGAUGUGUGUUAAUGUACACAGUUAUGACGUCAGAGAGAGAGAAGUUGCAGAAUGCGAAAUAUACAAAUUAUUUAUGUGUACAUCGGAGGCAGAAUGUUUAUUUAAAAACUUGUAAUAAAUAUAUUAUAAUUAAUGCGAUUAUUAACCUUAUGUAUUUCCUUCUAUUCUCUUGUCGACUUAUUGACAAAUUUUCAAGUAAUAUCAUUUGCCACCAA